AUGGAUUCCAGUGAAAUUGCUCGGAUCAUUCAAGAAGGAAUUACAGCUGGCCUGCAACAUAAUGCUCAAGGGCCAACAGGUUUCACCCCUAACACUCCAUUCACGCCAGAGAUAUUGACAUAUUCCUUGCCCGACAGAUUCAAAUAUCCUCGCAUUAAAGAGUAUGAUGGGACGACCGACCCCAUCAACCAUCUCAAUGUAUACACUGAUGUCAUGAACUUGCAAGUUGCGCCGGAUCAGGUUAUGUGCAAAGCCUUUCCACAAACGCUGACAAAUGUUGCUAGGGAUUGGUUCUCGACAUUGGAGCCCAACCCCAUAGCCUCAUUCUCAGAUUUGGCUGAAAAGUUCUCAGCCUUCUUUGCAAGUAGCAAGCGAAUCAGGAAGACCUCGUCCUCUCUCAUGCAACUUCGCCAGGGAUCAACCGAAAUCUUGCGAGGAUUUAUAACAAGGUUCAACAAGGAAAGGCUUCAAAUACCCGACCUCCACAUCACAGCAACUGUCUCCGCCCUCACUUACGCCGUAAGAUGUGAAGCUUUCAAGAUGUCUUUAUCAAAGACCCCGUCGCAAACAAUUGAGAACAAAAGGCAACAUGAUCCCGUCCCCCAGCAUGAGUUUUCCCGGGAUAAGCGCAGGAACGAGGCGCCAUCAGCACCUCUCACUCGGUUGAACACCUCUAAAGCAAACAUUUUGAUGGAGGUUAAGGAUAUGAAAGAAUUAAAGUGGCAUUCAAGGAUGAAGUCAUCCCCUGACACAAGAGAUAGGAGCAAGUAUUGUGAAUUUCACCGGGAUCAUGGGCAUACUACAGAGGAUUGUCAUGCUUUACAGCGAGAAAUUGAAGCCCUUAUCAACAGAGGAUUUUUAAAGAAUUACAUUGGUCAUGAUAAACGGCCAAGGAAUGACCGUGACAAUCGGAAAGAGCCUGGGGCUGGAAGCAGUGCUCAACCCAUUGUCGGAACCAUUAAUAUUAUCGUUGGGAGUAUAGCGUCCGACGAAGACACAAGUAGUGGGCGAAAGCAGUAUGCUCGCCAACAUGCUCAUAUCCCAAGAGAAUCAAGUGAUGAAGUUAGAGACAUCACUUUUGGUGCAAGAGAUUUGGAAGGAAUAUCAUAUCCUUAUGACGAUGCCUUGGUCAUUUUUGCGGUUGUGGCUAACUUCGAAGUAAGGAGGAUUCUGGUUGGAGUGCCGCGAAAACAUACCGUCGCAAGAGGCUUUCACCAAAAUGAGAAUCUCUCCCAAACAGCUCAAAGCAGUAAAAACCCCCUACAAGGAUUUGGUGGUGGAAUCAUUAUCCCUGAAGGCAUCGUCGAGCUCCCGCUUACAUUAGGAGCUGGUAGUACACUACUGACGGAGAUCACACCAUUCCAAGUAUUUAACACCCCAAUGGCCUACAACAUCAUUCCGGGAAGACCCUUACUGAACAAGAUCUAG